ACCAUCGUAUGAGAGUCGUACCAGAGUCUAAACGGUGCAACGCUGUCGACACGUUCACAGGCCCGUUCAAAAUGCAUUCCAGUUUUCUGAAAGAGAGGUUACCUCAUCGAGGAUACGGACAAACAGACGCUGUGAAAGAACAGGAUUUGUAUGUGGCGUAUUUUAAUUUUAUUCCUCGUUCCUCGACUCGCCCCAGUCCUGACGAAAGCUACCCGGUCAAGCCUCAGGCAAGGAGAAUGACUCCAACAACAAAUUGUCGCUCUCCGCCGUUCGAAUUCACGUUCGAAGACCUGGCAUUCAGCCUGCGUGGCAAAUCAGUUGUUCAGCCCAUCGAUACGGCAAGAAUACAGAGAAAACGACGAAUGUCCUCAAGCCACCGGAGUGAAGAUGCAAAACGCGGAAUUGGUUACCAUGGAAACUACUACGAUGUUUUCUCAAGAGAUUCGUGGUCGAUUCCUAAUCUUAAGACACGUCAAUUAAAUUUUACCGGAAACGACAAAAGCCCUGAUAAGAUGGAUAUUGCCCCAACAAAUGCGGUUAUGUCAUUUCUACCAGAAGUCCAGUUGUGUAUGUCCAGCUUACCUGGAGGUCAGUUGGGAGUUUGUUCUCGGAAAGAAAUCCCUAAGGAUACUGUGAUUGGACCGUAUAAAGGUCGGAAAGUCAGACCGGAGGAACUGAAGAUGGGAAAUGGCGCUGACAUGUCUUACCUUUGGGAGAUAUACAAAGGAGGUAAACUUGACCACUAUCUGGACGGUUCAGACGAGAACAUCUCUUGCUGGAUGAGGUUCAUUCGCUCAGCUAGGAACAAAGAGGAGCAGAAUUUAUGCGCCAUCCAACAUGGAGACAAUAUAUUUUAUCGAACAUUAAUUGACAUUUCCGUUGGCACCGAGUUACUCGUGUGGUAUGAGGACAAAUACGAGGAAUACUUUGGAAUUCCUAUAUUUUUGCCUUCAGAUCAUCACAAAGCAUCACAAGAUACAUUAAGAAGCCCGCGUCAUUGUGAUGACCAGUCCCUUCGUCGAGAGAUAUUCACGCCUGCUAUGUUAAAAACAAUGGAAAGAACGCGACUUUGGAUUGACGAGAGACUGGGACAGAAUUGGGUCGAGGACGAUAAUAUCGGAUCCAAGCCCGUUAGACGGGAUAGCUAUGAUGAUGAUAGCUCGUUCCUAGGCUCUCAAAAUUCUGAAAGCGAGACAGGGCGCACAACACCUGAAGACACUGAAUCUGGAUUUUGGCGAUGUAGUCAGUGCCAGCAGUCAUUUAACCAGCGGUCUGCAUUGAGAAUUCACGUGUGCCCCACGAGGACCAGCAAGCCUUUCGACUGCGGACAUUGUUCGUUGUCAUUCGCCGAUCCGAACGAUUUACGAACUCAUGUCGGAACGCAUACCAACGACCGAUUGUUCAAAUGUGGUUACUGCGGGCGCAGGUUUGCGGGCGCCACGACGCUGACCAAUCAUAUCCGCACACACACCGGCGAAAAACCGUUUUCUUGCGAGAAAUGCGGGAAAGAUUUUUCGCAAGCGUCGCAGCUGAGCAGGCACCAAAGGAUCCCCGGGGAUUGUGUAUAAAAUAAAGUGAACACGAAGUCGUUUUUUCUGAAGAAACAUAAAGAAGCAUGAAGAAACAUUCUGGUAACUAUCGUCCAAGAGAACUCCAAGCAGUGAUAUCAUUGUUGGGUACUUGAAUGACUGUGUUUAACCGCAGGUAUUUCAUCGGAAAGACACUUUAUGCACCUACAUUUACAAGUUGUAAAUAUGAAAAAAUAAAAUAGACCUUUCUCCUAAUGAUGUCAAAUGAGCCAAUCAAACUUUGUGUAACAUCAGGCCUUUCACGUUUGACGUCACUAUGAGAGAGGUCUAUUAGAAAGCUCUGAAAAAGUUUGCAGCGCUUUGGUCCAAAUGUUAAUAAAUGUACAGAAAGAUAGACUUUUUAGAUCUGACAUUUGAGUUAGACGUGAAAAUACAGGUGUCCAGGGCUAGUUGCCAUUAUUUCUUCACUAUAUCUUGGAGUGCAUGAUAACUACUGCCUGAGAUAUUUAGAAAACGUUUUAGCUAUAAGUCCGAAGGUUGUGAAUGAUGAUUCACAGUAGUUCUUUGUUUCAAUGUGUUUUAUUGUGCAUAUGAUAGAAAGAAUUAAUAAAGGGCUAAUUAUAGGUUAUUUCAGACGAACCUCAAAACUUUGUUUAGGUUCUAGAAGAGAUAGAACAAAGAUAAUGGUAGCUUUAGUCAAAAGCUGUUUCCUCUCCCAGAGUUUAAUACUAGUAUCAGAAAGUAUAAAUCUGUCGUAUAGACUAAAUGUAAUAAAACAAACUUUGUACAAUAAAUGACAUCGCCACAUGAGGUAAACAGUUGGAUGUUUCAUUCAAAUUAAUCAGAAAAAUUUAAAUACUAUUUUUGGCACAUCAUUCCACAAAGUCACUCCAUAAAAAUAAAAGGAGAGAUCUUUGUGAGUAUGAUUUUCUUGCAUUCGCUGUUCUAUUUCGAGCCCAAGCAUUUAACAGAAAGUAAUUUACGAGUGGCAUUCAACCCAUUAACUGAAUAAGGAUAGCGUAUGAAAGAAAUCUCAAAGACCUACCCAUGAGAUUUCAGCAUGCAUGCAUGGUAUUUCAGGAUGCACAAAUGUUCGUUUGUUCUAUAUUGCGGCAAAGUAAUUUUGCAGCGCGUUAUUUUAAGAGCUACAAUUCAUUAAAAGUAGCAUAAUAGUGGAG